AUGUUCAGCAGUAGUCCAUAUCAUGAAGAUCGUAUGCAAAUGCCUGGCUUCCCGUAUCAUCCCAUUUUUGACGACUUCCCUCAGUUCCCGUCACUGCCACCGGAUCCAAAUCGACCAGAUUUCGAUUCCGAAUUUCGUCAGUCCCGACUUCACCCACCUACCUCAACUUCGGGGAUGCGCCGUAUCCCUAUUCAAGUAAUCAAACAUCCUGUGACUGUGAUACCAGGUACUAACACCGGUGCUUCUGCUUCGCAAGAUUCUCCGGUUUUCUCACAAGGCACAUCAUCUGUUUCCGGCCAGUCAGAGCAUUUGAAAUCCACUCCAGAUAAUUAUACAUCGGCUCCAUCAGAACAGUUAAACAACUCAAGAGAGACAUUAAACUGGCGUGAACGACAGCCACAAAGACGAGUGCCACCCGAAAAUCAGGUCUCAUUUCAGAACAGUGGAGCCGCACCGAUCUCUGCACAGUGUGCAGCUCGUGCCGGACCAGUGGGCAAGUCCAUCCGAGUAGUCAAACUAACCAGUGGUUGUGUUGCUCACACUACGGUUCGCCCUGGUAUGAGUUUGAGUCCCAUGGCUUCGGUGGACCGGAGCCUCGAGGUCUAUGAAUCGGCCAUAGACCUUAAAUUCCUGACGACUGGUAUUGUCGGUUCUCUGCGAUCCGUUCGGUGGACAAUCUAUGAAGCAGCUAGAAUGAUAUCCAUGACCUCAUUCUCCAACUCUUCCGAUUGUAUAAAUCAGCCUACUCAAUCACGACUGCCUUCUUCCGUUCGUCGUUCUGAUCGCCGUCGUCGGCGUGCACCGGGUGUGCCUUAUGGUUCCAUGAUUAAUCUGAACGGAGAGGCGGAGGAGUUCCUUCGAGGUGCUGCACGGGAGUUUCUUCUUGAUGUGAAUACCCAAGAGUUUAACGGAAAUGCUAUUCCGCUUCAUUAUCAGUCAUUGCCCAAUCGACCUUUUGUGGCUCCUAAUGACUUGCCCGGUUACGGUCGAACACCGUCCCCGGCCAGACGUUCAGGUCCACCCAUCACUGAGUCGGAAGUAACCACGCCCACUGAGGUCAGCACGACAUCCUCAUCGUUUCCAAUUCCAUCUUCUAAACCAACUCCAACACCAUCAGAGCAAAUUGAUCUGGCACUGACCGAGUUGGCCGAGAUUCGCUCGCAAAUUGAUACAUUCUCGUCCACAACAAAGAACAAAACCUAUCUGUAUCUAGAAGAUCGUUUGGAUAAGUUGCUACUCAAAUUCGAUGGCAUUGAAACGGGUGGUGACGACUCGGUUCGGCGGCAGCGCAAACAAGCGGUUCGUGAGACACUAAACGCGAUUAGCGUGCUAGAAAACAAAUUAGCUCCUAACGAACAGACAACCACACCUGCUACCUCAUCCGGGAACGGUACUGUCGGUAAUAUGGUUAAACAGACGAAAAAUCCAUCUUCCGAGAGUAAACCAGAAUAUACGAAACCUCAAGAGGCUAGUACAGAUCAACCGUCAGGGAUAACAGAAGCCGAACAACCACAAAGAGAAGAGGUCGACGAACUCAGAACAGUUGCUACAGACGUCCCCGCCCUAGCAGGUGCACAGGAAGCCCAAGCAGACAGUUCAGUGAGUCAAGAUGCGGAUGUCGCCGGGGAAACAAAACCGGUGGAGGACUAG